AUGCUUCAUUGCAAGUAUCUCAGUCCUUUGAGCUUCAGGACAAAAGAUCCGUGUGGAGCUCGGAUGAACUCAGUUGUUGCAGCAGCAACAGUCAACAAUCCAGAUCAUGCCACAUCACCCAAUGGCUUGUUGCCUAUGACUAUGAAAUUGUUCCCUGGUUUCUUGCGCAUGACUGAUGUUGCACGAUCUCAACCGUUGACUGUGGCUUCAUCUGCCAAGCCGUCCCAGAACAUCACCGUUGAUCCACACCCCAAAGACGGAGGCAAGAAGAUCAAAGGGAGAGUGGUGUUGAUGAAGAAGAAUGUUUUGGAGUUAAAUGACCUCAAAGCAUCGUUUCUUGAUCGUGUUCAUGAGCUGUGGGGCGAAGUGGUUUCUCUGCAGCUCAUUAGUUCUGUUAAUGGUGACCCUGAAAAUGGGCGAGGAAAAGUUGAAAAGCCAGCAUAUUUAGAAGAUUGGGUUACCACAAUCACUCCCUUAACAGCAGAGGAGUGUACAUUUGAGGUUACUUUUGAUUGGGAUGAGGAGAUUGGAGUCCCAGGAGCAUUCAUAAUAAGAAAUGAUCAUCACAGUGAGUUUUACUUGAAGACUCUCACACUUAACCUUUGCACGUUAAAAUGA